AUGUUUGUUGAAUCCGAUAGCAUUAUGGCUGUACUGGGUGUGGCAGCCAAUAUUGUUGAUUUACUCUAUUAUCCUGUAGAGAAAAUCUGUUGGUUAUCCGAACACAAAAUCGUUGAUAUUAAAAAUGCCGAUUAUUGGGAUAAUGUCAAUACGAUAUUUUGGGUUGUGGGUGUCUAUUUGAAUUUGAUGAGGUACUUUGGGUUAAAUCAACAAAAAAUUAACACAAUCAAGCAAACAAAAGACAAUCCCGAUAUGGAGAAAAUGUUAAAGAAACAUCGCAUCGAAAUGUUAACAUUGUUGCGUUUAACCCUCGAUUUUAUACAUGCCGGCAGCUAUUUGCCCAAAGGAUAUCUCUGGGGUGGUAAAUUGUCGACAUUCCAAAUUGGUGCCAUUGGUACAACCUCAGCAGCGAUAGGAAUUUAUCAAAUCUUUGCCAAACGGAGACUUAAUAAAUAG